CAUGGGCUUCAUAGUAUGGUCAAACGUGCUACUGAUAGUGCCGGCCGAAACUGUCUCGUCUGCCGAUCGACCUACCAACCUGGAAGAUAUCGAACAGGACUUCCUCAAAAACGAACGUCACCUGGCUUUCAAAAAGGAAACCAUCACAGGACAACAGCAACGGGCGACAUCCUCCCAGGGCACAAACCAUUACACGAUCCAAAUCGAACAUCAUCCCGGAGGAGCCAUCAGUCAAGUUGGGCACAACUUUGUGACUCCGAUCCCUUCGGCCCCGGCAGCUGCCCCAGCCCCACCCCCACCACAACCAUCAUUGCAACAACAACCGAUUGUCCCAGCUUACUCGAAGGAGUAUGUUCCCCAAUACCCCCAGAAGGUUCCUCAAGUGCAUGAGGACCAUUCGACGUACACGGUACCUUCGCGGCAAUCGCUGAUCCAGCCAACCAUAGGCGGUGGGGCUCCCACGCAUCACUAUCUAAAUCCCCAGCCGCAGUAUGUUUACGUUCAGGCACAGCCACCCCCGCAACAGAUGCACCAGUACUCCAAUCACCCGAACCUGGCCCAAUCGCUGUUCCACAUUCUGCCACAGAAUCAACAAGCAUUCAUCAUGAUCCCUUCAACGUACUACCAACAGCAAGGCCAACAAUCUAUUCCACAGCAGCCACAACAACCACCUCACUCAGCCCAGCAAUUUGCAGCCUACGUGAAUGAUCAAAAUAGCAAUAGCGUCCAAUCUUAUUCUCAUGGAGAAACGGGAGCAACUGCUCCUCAAACAUUCAGCAAUCCUACAGCUCCCGAGGUCACACCAAAACCGGGAAUCAUUUACGCCACUCCCUCGUCGACUCCGGCACCUCAUCGUAUUCAAUCUCCUUCGGCUGAAUUCUCCAUCGUUAAGAGUGUGGAAACUCCCAUCUAUUUCUCGGCAGACAACCACAAUCACAAUCCAACCGGAAUUCACUACAGCCAUUCACCAGCAAAACCUGCCAUCCAAAUACAUCACGAAACCCAAACAACCUACCCUUCGAUCAAUCAUCCCAACAAUGGUAUUCUAAACUACUUGGGAGUUCAGCAUAAACCUCCUACUAGCCUUCUGGAUUCGUACGUCCCAAGCUCUCUCCAGGUCAACCACUUUAAGCCUGUUUUGCAAUACCCAACUAAACUCGCACCCUACUAUCAUCAUACGCAACCCGCAUUCCCGGUUCAUCAUCAUCCCUACCAAUACCAUCAUCAUCAUCAUCAACAUCAACCUCACAGCUACGUACAGCCCCAACCUCUGUUCUACCAACCCAGCUAUCCGGUGGCACAUCAAUCUUAUCCCGUCUUUCCAAGCCAUGCUCCACCGACAGCUCCCCAAACUCCAAUUCCAUCCCCGUCCACCUACAACACCAUAGCUUACUCGGUCCCAAUGACCUACACUAAAACCCUAUCCCAGUACAAACGAUCGCCGGCCCUGGAAACCAUCGCCGGUAUCAAGUUUUCGUCCCCGCGAGCGCUUCUACCUACGCCAACCUUCACCGGUGCCAUUACCAAACUUCACCCCUCGAGCGCUGUCAGCAAAACCAUCCAGAACACCAAGUCACCUUAGCCAACCUUAGGGUCAUCCAUCCCCAUCCAGAAUUGUAUUUAGCCAACUCAGAAUUUCCGCUGACAGAUAAGACUACUUACUAAGCCUCGUUCAACGAUAAGAUUAAUUGUACUAUGCCUAGUGAAAGGAAACAAAAGAAAAAUUUCCACAUUUUUGUUACCAUUUUUGCUCCAGCUAUUGCUGGUGCCGAUCUUUGUUUUUAGAUCUUAAGUAACAAGGGUAGCGUAUUGCGCGUGGAAGGUGCAACUACUGUAAGUAUGAAUAUGUGAUUCGUUUGUUAGGUUUUGUUGCCUUAACAGAUUACUUUUUAAAU